AUGGUUCGUUCAUAUCAAAGAAAAACAACACCAACUUACGAUCUUGAAACCUUAAGGAAAGCAGUAGAUGAAGUCAAAACUGACAAAAUAAAUUCAUACCAAGCUGCAAAAAAGUAUAACAUUCCUCGUAUGACUAUAUGUAUUUGUGAUAGAGUGAAUAACAAAAAAGGUAUGGUAAAGGAGAGCCGAGGACCACCUACAGUGAUUGACAGAGAAAAUGAGCUCAAACUUGCAAAUGGUUUACGGGUUAUGGAAAAAUAUGGGUUCGGACUCACUUCCAAAGAAACUCUAGAUUUAGUUGCCGUACACGUGAGUGAAAAUAACUACAAAACUCCAUUCAAAAACAACAGACCCGGUUAUGAUUGGUUUGCUGCCUUCAAGAAGAGGCACAAUUUGUCGUUAAAAAGACAUCAGGCGGUGGAAAUGUCAAGAAAAGUGGCAUGUGACCCUGUUAUUGUUAAUGAGUAUUUUGAUACUCUUGAUGGAGUUUUGAGUGAACUUACAAACGUAAUGUACAAAGAAAUUCCCUCAACAGAUAUUAAAAGAAACAGUGCACAAUAA